CUACAAACUUCAAAGUGCAAAAGUACCGGGAUAUCGAAUUAAGUAUACAUUACGGUGUCACUGGAAAAGUGACAGUGAUCCUCGUCAAGGCGGCCUAACGAGUCCCUGAAACGUAAUCCAGCGUUAAAUUGAACACUGAGAGGACAAGACGUUGUCGAAGAAACGAAGAGUCACAGGAUGAUAUUCAGAUUCGUCCUUAUUUGUCUGGUGCUUCGAUUCGACGUUCGCGCCGAGGAUCGUUUUCAAAGGACUUCGCAGGAUAGCGACGGUGCUCGUUACUGCGACUUCGACGAAGCACGAAAGAACUACAACGUGACCGAUUUGCUGCAGUGUAUCGAUCGAUUGGUUGCCGAUUUGGUGGAUCGAGAAAGCGAUCGGUGGGUGAGCGAAGGUCAGUGGAACGGGUCGACUGGCAGACAGAUCUCGUUUAUGGAUAUUUUCUCCAGCUUUUUUGAGAAUAGUGGGCCACAUCAGAACAACCCCCUUCCGGUGUACCCUACUUCCGGCCAGUAUCCAUCGAAUCACCCCUCUGUAUCAGGUGGAACGUUCGGAAUAUCCCCAGGAUUCAAGCUGAACCUCUUCGAAGCCUUGUCGACUAUAUCUCGACACGAUGACUAUAAAUGUGUGCCCAGAAUACUCUGCGAAAUGGCCAGCGGAAAACUUCCGGGAAGGUCGAUAGGCAAACAACUGUCUGGGUUCUUUGACUUUUUUGGAAGAAACACUAUUAUGGGUUGGCUGAGCAACUUCGACAUCGAGGGUGCGUCUCCUUUACUCAACUUCGGCAGAGCCGUGCUACUUGGAUAUAGUAAUCGCGGAAAUUCUGCAGCGUGUUACGAGACUUUUCCGAAGUGUCCAAAAGACAUGAACUCUCUGAUUUAUUAUUUGAAUAAUUAUAAUGGCGGAUUUUUUAGGUUAUUCAACAGGGUUCAGGGUGGAAAUUAUCGAGAUGAUAGUAAUCGUUAUUAUACAGUAUUACUUUUUGAAUUUCUUUCUGUUACAGAUAAUUCGAAGGUAAUAAUAAAAGGAAGAAUAACCUCUGGAAUAAAGAAAGAUAACAGAAUCAGACCCGUUGGAAAUCAAAUUUAUUUUCCGAGCAUCAAGUACUAUGAACACUAUGAGAAACAAGAACCUUCGAGUUAUAAGGAAAUUUCUAGUGGAAAUGAGAUCAUUUUCCCGAAUCAAAAAUCUCCAAAGAAUACACUUAUUAUUAAUAGUCUACAAAAUCAUGACUAUAAGUCGGAGUCGAACGUUUGGCACAAGAACGUCGCAUUUUUCCCUCAGGUAAUUAAAGGCACAAGAUAA